GUCAAGUUCUAGCAGUAGAUCGCACGUGCAAUAUCGUAUAAAAAACGUAACGUUGUAAUGACGUCAUAAUGGAUCGGACUUUUCGAACGUUGUCGGAAAUGACGUAGAACACAAAAAGAUGGAGUUACAUACAUGCAGUAUAAAAUGUCGACAAACUAACGGCCGAACAUGAAGGAUGAAUGUUAUAUCCAUCUCUGUGAGGAGGCCUUCGGCGUGGCAGGACGAUAAACAGCACUCCGUACACAAUUUGGCAAGAAUCAGUAAGUCUGCUACUUCCGAAACUUCUGAGACUGAAAAUGUAGAGAGUCCUCGGAAAAAGGAGAAGCGUGCAAGGACCAACGAGUUAUUCGGAAAGCUAAAACAGAUCGUUGUCAACAAAAAAUACAUAGAUGUUGACUGGCAUCGUAUUGUCAUUAACGUUGGGGGAACCAAAUUUUCUGUUUACAAUGGGACUAUCAGGACUGUACCGGGAACACGACUUGCAAGCCUCAGUACAAAAAGUGAAGAGUAUGAUAGCAUAAACAAUGAGUAUUUCUUUGAUCGUAACCCUGAAUUAUUUCCAUACAUUUUGGAUUUUUAUCGUUAUGGUGAGAUGCACAUACCAAGGUUUAUAUGUGCGCAGAAAAUGUUGACGGAGAUGAAAUACUGGGGUCUCAAUGGAUCAUGUUUAUCCCAUUGCUGUCGGAAAUACUAUUACGACUCACUUGACGAGAUAUUCGACUACGAAGACCUUCAAAAGAUGUUUGAAAUGGUCCCAGAAAAAAUACAUGGUGUGGAUAGCGGGAGCAAUUUCGGGGAUUUUGACAUAAGUCACAGAAUCUGGUCAUUCUUGAACAAUCCUACGUCAUCGAGGGGUGCUAAGAUCUGGUCGAUUCUAUACAUGACGCUGGUCAUUCUAUCCAUCAUUUGUAUGUUCACCAGUACUUUGUCAUCGUGCAGAGUGGAGCCCAAACACACAUUCUUUCAAAGAUAUAUUCCCAAACACAUCGCCACGAACAGUUAUUACGUCAUCAUUCAGCCAAAAAUGAUGACGAACUUCACGGAUCCGUGUGUCGACCAUUGUGAUUUCCUACCUCAGCACAAUACUAGAGUGUUGUCUUUCUUGAGCACCCAACCCCAUAUUAUUCUGUUGUGUUUUGAUUUAUUUUGUCUAAUGUUCUUUAGCCUCGAAAUCAUUGUCCGAUUCAUUUUUGGCCGACAGCGAUGGCGCAUGCUCAAAUCGUUUACUACCAUUUGCGACAUUCUGUACCUAAUCCCAGCUUGGUGUAUGUUUGCGAUUGACUUCUAUGACCGAACAUUCUGGCACGAUGUGAAAAAAGUUGGGAUGUUUCUUCUUCUUCAGACAUUGAUGGCUCUUCGAGUCCUUCGACUGUUUCGGUUUACGAGACAUUACCAUGGUUUGAAGACCCUAUGGCUGGCCGUCAAAGCCAGUAAACGUGAACUUUUUCUACUGUUUAUAUUCAUGAUAAUGGCGACCACGUUUUAUGCCACUUUUAUUUUCUGUACGGAGUUUUUUGAGGUAUCGAGUUAUUACAAUAACAUUUACAUUGGAAUGUGGUGGUCACUCAUCACAAUGACAACAGUAGGGUACGGAGAUUUUUACCCCAAUUCUGCGUUGGGGUACAUUUUGGCUUCAAUGUGUGCUUUAACUGGCAUCAUCCUCAUGGGCAUGCCUGUGCCGUUAAUAGCCAGAAAUUUCCAUUCUUUCUACGGCUUGCAAUUUUAUCAUUCACGUGAACAUCGCAUACGCCACAUAAAAUAUGACACAGGAAAUGAUUCAGACUUUCCAAUUGAAAACUCGGAUAAAGUCGAUACGGGAAAAUUCGGACCACCAAAGCAGACGGUCAAGAAAGAGCCCAAGGAAAACCAGGCGGGUGUGGAAUUGAUAGUCACUUCCGAGAAAACCGGCGAGGACAAAUUUGCAGAAACAGUCGGGUGUGCUCUUCAAAAGAGGAAAAAACUUCUAGCUUUGUUCGAAAGUAAUAAAGUUUGUCCAGUGGAUGAAAAUGGAGUUGAAGUAACUCAGAGAAAGAGACGGAAGAGUUUAUAAAACCAAUUGCGUUAAAACAUUUUUGUUAUUGUACAAUGAGUAGAUGCCAUAUACUGAUAUUGCCAAUACAUGUUUUACAAUU